AUGGAUGGGGAAGGAGUGGCGCAGAUCGCGGCCAUGGCCGGGUUGGAGGUGUCAUCUGUAAAGAAACGGGUGCGAAUAACAGGUUCAGGGAACUUGAAGCGGGGGCAGUCGGGAAUGCGUCACAUCACUGGACCCAAGCCCCGGUCUCGCUUGAGAAGUUUGGGGCAAACAAAACUGAUCCUGGGAAAGCAGAAGAAGAAAGUCUUGUGGAUGUUGGGUGGGUAGUGGCUAGCCGUGCUGGUGGUACUCAAUUUACGGCAGUCUGUCAGCCCGCGGAAAAGACCCAAUGAGGCAAUCAGGGGUCAGCAGUGAAGGAGGAGGACCACCGGCUCCAAGAAGGAGAAGCUGUUGUUCUAUUAUAGGAGUGACAGCGUUCGGUGUUGGGUCGGGCCGGCGUUUGAAAUUCCCGCAAGUGUCAGCGCAGCAUACUGCUGCCUUACUUUUGUUUCGCUUUUGUUCCAGGUGCAACAGGGUGCUGUGAACGUCUGUCUCUUGCACCUGGAAGCUGGAGGCUGAGGUUGCGCUUAGGUCUUGGUGCUUGAGUAGUUCACCCCAUCUUGGGUUACAGCUUUGCGAUGACUUGUGUUGGGUGGUACCCGGCCCUGAGGUGGUGCCUG